AUGGAACGACAAUCCAGUCGUCGAAGGAAACCCCGACAGCUCCAAGAGGAGUCCAGCUGUGAGGAUUUGCAUUCCAAUGGCAAGAGCCAAACAGCAGAGCGAGAGAUCCGUGGACUUUAUAGUAUUUUGUUCUACCCGCUGAUCGUAUGCUCUUUGAUUGUGCUUGUGUUUCUGUAUCAAUCAAAAUCCAGCUUUUUUGUACUCUCACAACCACACAUCCCUCAAUUGACUUCUCCAGGAGCUCAUGAUCCGGAUGUUCUUCGUCCAAAAAUAGAACUUCAUCCGGAGGACCACGUGCACCGAGAUCCAGUCACACAAUACUUCGAAUGGACCGUGACGUCUGACCAUCUGCGUCCAGACGGCGUACUCAAGCAGAUCUAUCUUAUCAAUGGGCUAUUUCCCGGACCUACAAUCGAAGCUCGCACAGGCGACACUCUUACCAUUAACGUCACUAACAACCUACAAGAGCCUGUCUCAAUCCACUGGCAUGGCUUACACAUUCAGAAUUCCAUGGACGGUGUCCCAGCCGUGACACAACAGCCCAUCUCCCCCGGGUCAACCUUUACCUACCACUUCACCAUCCCCCUCGACCAAAGCGGAACCUUCUGGUACCAUGCUCAUUCCGGCGUGAUGAGAGCAGAUGGGCUCUAUGGGGGACUGGUCGUGCAUGCCCCUGCGCCUAAAUCAACUGUUCGUGGACUCAUGGCCCGAGGCCAGUCCGUGUAUGAAAAAGAACUUCUUAUUCUUGUUGGGGACUGGUACCAUCGGCCUGCGGAAGAUGUUUUGGCAUGGUUCAUGAGCAUAGAGUCUUUUGGUAAUGAGCCGGCUCCCGAUUCCCUGCUUAUCAAUGGAGUCGGGGCAUUUAAUUGCUCCAUGGCUGUUCCGGCGAGGCCAGUGAAUUGUGUUCAGCAGCAGAUGGAUCUUUCCUAUCUGGAUCUAGAGCUAGACAAGGGGUAUAGAUUACGGGUGGUCAACACAGGUUCUCUUGCAGGGUUCACAUUAUCAUUUGAAAAUCACCUAUUCCAACUCCUCGAAGUCGACAGCAUAAACACUGCGCUUCAAGAACCCAGCUUAGCAGCGGGAAUACUCUAUCCAGGACAACGCAUGGACAUCCUCGUCGAGCCGUCCCAGAAUAAGAACCACCAGUCCUCGUUGACAGUCCAUCUAGAUGACGAGUGCUUUAACUUCCCCAACCCAGCCCUAACUCCUGUCCAAAGGUUCUUUACAUCCCCUUCAGAUGAGAAUGACUUCAACUCUCCCCACGACCUUACUGACAUCAGCAUCUCAACACUUGACCUAUCCCGCAUUCCCUCUUCCCAGCCAACUCUCUCCUACCUAUCUCAAUCUCGUGACCUUAAACCCCAAGUCCACGUCGUCUACACGAAGAUCCAAAAACUCUCAAUAAACCAUAACAUUCCGUACGGAUUCUUCAACCAUACCAGCUGGGCUCCGCAGCGUGAUCCUCCCCUCCCACUUAAUAUACUCCCGAAGGAGAAAUGGGAUCAGAACCAAUUCUCAAUCAGCACGACACCAGCGAGCGACACCAAUACAGAGCCCGUAUGGGUAGAUCUAGUUGUGAAUAAUCUGGACGAGGGAGGUCAUCCAUUUCAUUUGCACGGCCAUCACUUCUACAUCCUUCGCGUCCACGAAGCCUCGAUCGGGUGGGGUUCGUUCAACCCCUUCGAAAAGAUCCCCAGUGACAGCCAGAACCAGCAUCCUGAUGGGUAUGAUUUCUCGCGCGCAAUGUUCCGAGACACGGUGUACAUCCCGCGUCGGGGACAUGCAGUUCUGCGUUUCCGGGCCACGAACCCUGGCGUGUGGAUGUUCCAUUGUCAUAUUGUUUGGCAUUUGGCGAGUGGGAUGGCGAUGUUGGUGCAUGUUGAGGGGUAGGUUUUCUAGACUACGAGAACUAAAUCGUUGGCGGGGAGGGGUGCGGUGAG